UGUAGCUGUUGGCAUUAAAUUGCUAUGAAAUUUUCUCCAUCUUUUCCCUCAAAGACUUGACCCCAGUAUCCUAAGUACGCUUCUAUCUGCCUCAAACUUAUAUAUUGAGACUGAAAGCUUGUUAAACUCCAUUCCCCAGUAAAAGGAAUUUCCACCUUAUCCAUAUCUUUACAUAGUUUUAAAUCUACCCUUUGCCAAGCUUUUAACAUUUUUUUUCCCUGCUGUCUGUCCUGUUAAAAUGGAGAUGAUGAUGGAUAGCAUUUGUCACAUCCCUUAUUCACUUGUUAAAAUUCUUUUCAUUUUGUUAAUUGUAAAGUUUGUCAAAAUUAUCCUCCAGGACAGCUUCUUUCUUCUUAAUCUUAUGAUUGUGUUCUUUCUGCAUACAUUUUCCCUUCUCAGGAAAAUCUGGGAACUCUUGUUUCAUAAAAUUGUAGACAACUACUCACCAGGCCGACAUUUGCAACGGAUUCCUGAAGACAAAUUAUCCAUUGAAGAAGUGAAAAUGGCGAUGGAAGAACUGAUCAUUCUUCAAGAGACAUCAGAUUCUAGCGAGAUUGCUUCCCUGUUUGAGGAGGAGGUGAGCCUGGAAGAGGUUACAGAGGCGUUUAGCCUGUUCGAUGAGAACAAUGACGGCUUCAUUGACACAGGUGAGCUGAGGAAUGUUCUUGGUAAACUAAUUUUUACACAGUUUUCAGAAGCAGAAUGCAAAAAGAUGAUUAGUGCCUUUGAUGAUGACAAAGAUGGCCGCAUAGAUUUUGAUGAGUUUGUGAAACUUCUGGAGUGUAGUUUCUCCUAAACAUAUAAGGCCAACCACAUAUAAUAGGGUAUAUCAAAGCCCUAAUUGUCUUUAAUAUGUAUCAAAUAUCAUAUCGUAUCGUAUCAUAUAGUUUUUGAAAAAUAAAAUAAUAAAAAAUCUAAUUAACACA